CAUGACAACAAGACGCCCUGUGUAUUUUCCUGGAGACUUUCUAUGAAUCUAUCUUUUAAUAGCAACCACUUUGGUCUCUCUCAGCUAGUAAAACAGUACUUUUUUACACAAUCUACCUGAGGAGCCUAUAUGUAGGCUUUUUCUUCGGGCUUUUCUGCUACAGUAGCAGAUUUCAACCUCAGUUAGCCUAUCAAUCUCCACCCAGCUUUCAGCAGAUCGAUAUAAAAUGUCAUCAAGCUAUGGAUCCCUUGCCAAGGAGGCCAUUGUGCUGCUCGAUAAGUUCACCUCUGGCAGACAGUGUUUGGAUGACUUCAUGGAGGAUGCUUCAAAGGAUCUGCAGCACAUGGACACUCUGCAUAAGAAGUUCAUACUUGAUGUCCUUUCUGGAUGCAUUGAGCACCAAAAGUUACUGGACAUAGUUAUCAAUAUGUUCUAUGGCCAGGAUGGGAAAAGCUUAUCUAGAAAUGAUCGCAGCCAGUUUGUCAUUAUCUGUUACCUCGCCACAUUUUCUCUUGAUGACCUUGGACUUCCGCGUUUUAGCAACAUCAUCAAAUCUCUGGACAUCAAGAAGAUGCACACAUUCCUGACUUUCUUCUUCACAAAACUCACCACGUGGAUACAAGAUGAGUGGAAUAAUAUCUAUGAUGCUGCCUUUGUGGAGAAAAACUGGAUUGGCCCUCUGCUAAGAUGGCGCCCUGAGAUGGAGAUUCUCUCGGACCAGCUUGCUGUCAAAAUAGCUCAUGGGAGUCAGGUCAAGAAAGCGCCGAUCAAAACCACAAAGCUCCAGGAGUUCUCUCUCACCAAACCUAAACCUCGACCUCUGCCAAUGCCUGAACUCAUCCCACAGCUGGAUAAAGCAAAACCAGUGCCAAAUAGCACAUACAGGGCUCCAAAGGAGAUACAGAAGAUGGAUGAGAUCAAACAAAAGAACCAUCAACAGACUGUGGAACUGCUCUACGAGGCAAAUGUAAAACAGUUCAGAUGUGUAAAUCUACAGAUGUCUGAACACACCAAGAGAGCGAUUUCUCAGAUUAAGGAGGACCUGGAUUCACAACUCCAGUUUGAUUCAUGUCAUUCCUCUGGACUUCCCUCCAGUAACAAGACUACGAGCUGGCCCAUCAAGCUCAACACAGCAGCCAUCCUGAGAGGGGGGGCGCUAUAUGACCGUAAGGAGGAGGAGGAGCAGCAAAGACUGCAGCGUCUGGUGGAGGGGGCACGUGAGCCCUCGUCUUUCCUCCAGUGGCAGAAGGAGAUGCGUGAGAAGGACCUUCAGGAGGAACUGGCCAAGAUUGAGCGCAGGCGUCUGGAGGCAGGCAUCAAUAAUGAGGAGGCAGCCGUGGCCCGCAUGCGCAAGAUGGAACGCAACCAGAAGACUGCUCAGCUGAAGAAAGAAGAGAAAGCUCAGCUGAUGCGCAGAUAUGCUGAGAACAAGUUGCAGGAGGAAAAAAAAAUGAGAGACUUGGUGCAACAAGUGGAAGAAGGACACAAGAACUCAAAGGCAGCUAAAGAGAAGUUACAGAAAUUCAAGCAAAGUAUAGUGAAAGAAGACUCAGAGCAAAGACGAGAGGUCCUUCGUCACACACUGGAGGAAGCACAAGCAGAGCUCAGCAGAAAGUUGGAAAUCAUGCGCGAAACACAUGCCAUCGAAUCGCUUCCUCACAUUAGAGUCAGGAAUUUUGACGACACAGAGACUGCAGGCCACAAGCUGCUGGGAGAGAUGUCCCUGGUAGAGCUGAAGGUGAAGCUAGACUUCCUGAGGGAGGCACAGCAAACAGACCAGCAGGAGAAACGGCAGCACAUCCUGGAGGAGAAGCAGAACAAGAAGCAGCUGCUGUUGAAGAAACAGGAGAAAAUACAAGAGCACCAAAGACUGAAGCAAAUUAACAGCAAGAAGGUCAAAGCCUCUGUGCAGGCAGCAGUGUUAUAAACACAGGGACACACAACAAACUAGAAAAGCCUGACAGGGAAAAGCUGAGAGGAAUUGGAUCUGAGCUUAGAGCGUCACAUCCAGAAGGACACUCCUGAUGUUGUUUCUCAGAUAGAAACACUUUAGACAUAAAUAUACGCAAAAUGCUCCACAGUCCUGUGAAUGUCUCAUUUUAGAUCGGAAGGAUCAUUAGUUGCAAGAAAUAUGUGGGAUGAUUAGGUUUUCAUCUUUUGUUAUGUUGAUUCACGCAUUUUGCAUAAACAUUGCUAUAAGAUGUUGAUUUAUUUCCUCAAUUAUUAUUAUUAUUACUUGUGGAUUCCCUGGUUAUCCAGUUUUGUUUAUCUUGACUUGUACUAUUUGUUAAUUUAGGUUUGUUAUGUCCAAUAAAUGUCACAAAUGUCUCCCCAAAGUAAAUUCCACCCAACUGCCUAUGCAGCAUGAAAAGGGAAGUUGACCUUCAACUUAUGACUUAUGAAGAAGAUUUCCCUUCCCCAAAACAAUGCUGGUGUUAUUUUUGUGGCUUGUAUGUUUUUGUAACAAGUUACUGUACAAAAUGA